AUGAUUUCUCAUGGUAGUUUAUUUUUGUGGGUGAUAAUUCUUUUUGUUUCCAGCUAUACUAUCAUAGAGGGAAGAAAUAUAACAAGAGAAGAUUACUUGGAAGCAAAGCGAUUAGUGAAGCUUUCCCGUCGACCCAGCAUUAAGAGCAUUCAGGCUGAGAAUGGGGAUAUCUUUGAUUGUGUGAUCAUAGAUAAACAACUUGCUUUUGAACAUCCUGCUCUUAAGAACCAUACAAUUCAGAUGAAACCAACUUCUAUCCCAAAGGGAGUGAAGGAGGGUGAAGGUUCAAACCAUAUACAUGCAUUUAUAGGACUCAGAGGUGGAGGAUGUCCAGUUGGAUCGGUUCCUGUUCGAAGGCUUCAAAUUCAUGACAUAUUAAGAUACAAAUCAAUUUCAUCUUUAGCUUUUGGAAGGAAAUAUGUCGACCCAUCACAACAUCAAUGGGCAGUGGUAGAAUCACAUGGAGAAUUUCUCGGAUCCAGAGCAAAGGUUAAUCUAUGGAAUCCAACGGUGAAAAACGAUAACCAAUUUAGCCUUUCUCAGUUCUGGAUUGUCUAUGAGGAGGACGACGUGCCAUUAGAGACCAUUGAAGCAGGAUGGAUUGUAUUUCCUCAUACGUUUGGUGACCAGCAAACUAGGUUCUUUAUAUUUUGGACGAACGAUGGUUAUAGAAAUGGGUGCUACAAUCUUUUAUGCCCUGGUUUUGUGCAAGUGAACCAUAGAGUACCACUUGAUUCUACGUUCAGUGUAAUGUCCAGUUUUGAUGGAGCACAAUUUUAUAUUAAUCUCACAGUGUUCAAGGACACAGAGACCCAGAAUUGGUGGGUAUAUGUAAAUGGAGAACAUAUGGGUUAUUGGCCAAAGAACCUGUUCAGUUAUUUAUCCAGUGGUGCAGCAAGUAGGGUUGAUUGGGGAGGUGAGGUUUUUAACUCAAACCCCAAAGGCCUGCAAUGGCCUGAAAUGGGUAGUGGUCAGUUACCUGUUGGAACCAAUUUCGAAGGCCAGAGUUGUUCCACUUCCAGUAUACAGGUUCUCCAAGGCUCACAGUGGAAUGACUACGGUUUAACUAGCUCUUUUUCAACUAAACCUAAUUGCUAUAAGGUAAUUGAUGGUGGACUACAAAAUCAAUGGGGAAGAGUCAUCACCUUUGGUGGACCUGGUGGGACAUGUUAA